AUGUCAGAGAGUAGCGAAUCUCCAAUUGGCGGCUUCGCCCUGCAGGGCUCCAGCAGUUCUUUCAGCCAACGUCAGGCGGACAUUUUUGGUAAUCUGCAGGCCCUAGAGGACGCCCACCGUAAAGUGGAGGAAGAAACUGCGUCUGAACGACUCUACGUUCAACAGUUUUGGCGAGAAACUAAGCCGGCGGUUGAAUCCCUAGAAGCAGAGAAGGAGGCGGUGGGUAAUGUUACCGGCUACAUUUCUGCCUUGCAUGCUCUGGUUCCCUUUUUUCCAACUGAAUUUAUUGGAUUCUUAUAUGUAUCGCAUAGAUGAAACACCCACUUGCCUCAACUAGCAUUAGCCGUGCUUCUGUCGACUAUGAGAGGACAGGAUCCGUCUGUUAAUCUGUGCAGAGGCCUGCCGUGAGCAAAGGAAACACCUGUGUCUCAGGAAUAAUUCGCAUCAAACCACACAGCAGUACUACCCUCAAUCUUGACGAAUAGUUCUCCUCUGAAAAGGUCUAAUGUUACCCGCUACCAAGUGAAAUUUUCUCCGUUGCGCUUGUUCUGCAGAUCGGGGCUUCAUCUUCAGGUUGGACAAGACUUAUUGUAUGCACUAACCUCUGGUUUCUAUGAAAGCUUAUGAUUUGUAAAACUCAACUCAUCCUGUGGCGUUUGCCGGUUUGGAUGCGUUGGGUGGGCCCGUUGUCAGCUAUGCAAACCGGCAUUCCUCUAUAAAGUGAGGAGCUUCUUGUUCUCAACCGGUACAUUUGUCUGCAAGGAGUUACACAAAAUCCCCGGCUAUACGCAUCUUCUCUAAUCCAGUCUAUCGGGGGUUCGGUUAUCUGCGCCUGUUGUGGCAUUCUUAGAUAAAGUACUUUCCUCCAUUUCUGACAAACUGAGGUUUUAGACCUCCAAUAGGCAUAAAAAUGUAUUUCCUUUUCAUCAGAAAGCGAACCGACCGCUCGUGGCGUCGGGUCGUGUGCGACUUAGUGGCAUAAUUACACAAAUGCGUGUAAUUGUUGUCUAUGUCGUCAAGCUGAGCUCAGACAAUUCGAAAAAUAAACUUUCUACGACGGAUUGCAGACUCAUUGCUCGUUAUUUUACCUAUUGACGCUAAACGCACCGCGGGACACUGAAGUGUGCGCGCGCUCACCAGCAAGACUGCUCUAAUGACCAGGCACUUCUGCUAUCGUGAAUCGGCGUGACGGUAGCAUCCGCCGGUUGUGGCUUAAACCAGGCUUUACCGCAUUAUAAGCCACUCGUAGGCGUGGUUUUAAGGUGGCGGGUCUACGGCAGUCUCACGGGCAAGUGCAGUCGCAAGUCACCAAAAGUAGAUAUCGGCCGGAUGCUGUAAUGACUGUUCGACUGCGCUUACGUCUCAGGGGUGUGAUUUUUAAUUCACUCCGCCCGAAUCAUUCUGCCUUCACGAUUUUCGAUGCAAAGCAACUUUCUUACGCCUGAGUUUCUGGAAAGUUAAAAAGCGCAGUUGUCUUGAAUUAACGAGUCACGAGCUUUUGCUUAGCGGCAUCAUUGCUUGGACUGGAUACUCAGCCAAGACACAGUAGACACAAAGGCAGAACUACUUAUCAGCCAGAAUUAAUCGGCGCUAAUCUCUCAUGUCGACGACCACGAGAAAUGUUUGUUACCGCAACAUGUUCUGCUGACCCUGAAAGUUUCUGUCAUCCUCCACAAAGUUUAGCAGAAGAAAAAUCAGAGCACUUGUCGAAGCCGUUCUGCCGCAUGCUGGCGAACUCUGACUUAUGUGCGCUGCCUGCCUUAGUAAAAUCAAGGUAUUUGGCAACUGGUGCCUCGCGAUCGGCUUUGCCUCACAGCUCAUAUCUCGGACGUGGAAUUCUAUCGCCGAGCAGAGAUACUUCCUAGGGAUGAAGUAAUGUAAAGAUGCCCUCUCGGGUGGCACAGCCACGCUCAUCUGCAGCGUCAUCCCUGAACUCCGUCGCAUUGAUCGCCUGUGGAUUUGCUAGGCAGUUGGUCUUCGGUGUUCUGGAAUGAAACUUCAAGCAGACAACGACUGCCGAGGGCCUAGCCAUUGAUCGCAGGUCGUAGAUGGCAUUGGUUCGUCAUACCGUAGAAUCUGAGGCCAACUAAACUAAUAUCCCAGUAGCCCGAUUUUAUUGAUAGACGAUAAUGCCCCCCACCAAGUUCAGAACCUCGAAAGCAAGCUCAUCAAUAUGCCGCAGAGUCUAAUAAAUGUAGCUCAUGUGAGUGGAUUUGAAUGCCAUUGAAGACUCUCGGCAGUGAUAUGUCGUCUGCUGUCGAAAACCCCCUUCUGGUAUUGCUCGCAGGUACCUUUUAGCAAAAACACAAAAGUCUUGAUUUUAUGCCUUGCCAGUGCACUCGUGGGAUCGGAAAAAAAUUCAGAUAUGGUUUAGUGAAGAUCCCUCGUUGAUUCAAAUUGUGCACUCAGCCUUGACUUCCUUGUUAAAUGAAGCAGAUUAAGUGGCGUUGUUCCGGCACCAUAGACUUUCUGGUCUUCAGACGGACAUUGGGCAAAAAUAAGGUGACCAAAACUAUUGCUCCGUCCGACGUGAAUGGACUGACAAAAGUGGCAUAUCGGGCCACUAAAAGUGGUGGGAAACAGGUCAGUAGUUAGACUGACCUCUUGCCCUCCGCUGUCACCUAUGGAUUGUUUCGCCCCGAUAAUGGCACCGCGGAGUCGUUCUGCAUCCAGAAACCAUGACAUUGCUCCCCUGCCUUGGCAUCCACGUCAUUUAUUUCUCGCUGUCUUUGGCGAUUCGUUUGUCUGGACUUUUGUCAAACAAGGAAUUCGGUGUGCAUUUUUGUGUCGUUUUACUACCUGACGGUAGGAAUCCCGUAAUGUGUCUGGUCCAGGACCUUCUUUUGCGUCUCGGCCUUUGGUUUUCGGGUCUCCCCUAAGUUCCGUAUUAUUCUCCGAAUGCCUGCUUGGUGUUCGAAUAUGGCGUUUUCUCUGAUCCAGUCAGUCCAACCAACCUAACCUUCUCUUUUAAAUACAUACCUACUACAUUCAUUUAAGUAACAAUGUUUAAACCAAAUAUGCUUUUGCCGCUCUUGUUGCUGCUCAGAGGGAUCGUAAAGCGCGUGCCAAGCAAGGACGUGCCGGAGUAGAUGCGACCUUUCGAGUACCAGCCCCACCCUCCGCAGCUGCGUAUCGCCGACGAGCCGUGGUCAGACGACCGGCCGACCCUCACAGAGACUCCUCUAAAUGGACCUACUACAGCCUGGCUGAUGUGGACGAGGAUGCAGCGAGUAACCGUGAGGUGGCUGCCCAACUGAUUCAGGAUCUACGCCGACGCCGUGAGCUGGCCGGAGAGGGGGAGGGUGGACAGGAGCAGGUUACACGUCCCGAUCGUAUCCUUUUCCGACCGACGCGGGGAAAGAAGAAAGCGCGACUGGAUGUCAAUGUGGAAUCGGAUGUUUGUGCGGCCACUCUCCGCUCUCCUUCCUCGUUCGGCCUUAUUGCGGACGACGAGGAGGAAGAGGGAGGACGGGCGCCUGAGGAUGAGCAAGGACAAACUUUGGAGGCGGACCCCAACAGAGUGUCCGGUCCUGUUUUCCGCAGGCGUGCCGGACCGAGAGCCUCCAAAUCAGCUCUGAGACACAGACUCUCCCCCGAAGGAGACGACACAGCGGACGAUCAGGAGGAAGGUGUCAACACCUCCAGACAACAACAGGGUAGCACAGUUGUGGAUAGCUCGAACAACGAGGAAGAAGAUCGAGAUUCAGAAUCCUCUUUUGGUCCCGAGGAUUCAGAAAGUCCAGAGGAGGAUGCUCCAGAGGGAAUUUGA